AUGGCUGGAGAAGCUCUGAACAGGAGAAACUCCUGGGAGCCAAGCGUCUUCUACUCAUUAGGACUGGAAACCUUUUGCUUUGCAGGGCAUGAGAUCAGCAUCCGGGAAUCCCUGGACACAUACGGUGCCCUCAUCUGGCCUGGGGCAGUGACGUUGUGCAACUACCUGGAAAAGGAACGGGAGCAAUUUAAUAUGCUGGAUAAGGCAGUGCUGGAGAUUGGAGCGGGAACAGGGCUGUUGUCCAUCGUGGCCAGUUUAAUGGGUGCAUGGGUGACCGCCACGGAUCUGCCCGAAAUCCUCAACAACUUGAACUUUAACCUCUCGCGCAACACAAGAGGUCGCUGCAGGUACACACCACAGGUGGCCCAGCUGACCUGGGGGGAGGAUCUGGCCCGUAACUUCCCCAGCUCCAUCUACAACUACGACUACAUCCUCUGCGCAGAUGUCGUGUAUCACCAUGACUGUCUGGAUGACCUGCUCAUCACCAUGAAGCACUUCUGCAGGCCUGGCACGACCUUGCUCUGGGCCAACAAGAUCCGUUUCCAGUCAGAUCUGCGUUUCAUUGACAAAUUUAAGGCAACCUUCAACACCACGCUGCUAGCAGAGAUCCCAGAGGAAGAGGUGAGAAUCUACCAGGCCACGGCCCUGCAGUGAGACAGGAGAGAGAAGAUACCAAGAGCAAGAAAUAGAAGCACAAAAUCACGUCCAGUUUGCUGGAAUUAUAAUGUGUGUAUUCUGUGUAAUAGUGUGUGGUGUGUGAUGUUUGUCAGUUUUAGGAAAUGUCCAUCAGCUCUGGAUUAACAUGAACAUUCCUGACAUCAGUACAUAACGCAUAACUCUCAAACAACAGACUCUUAAUUCCUGGUGUCACAUGUUUACGCUACAUAAUAACCAA